AUGGCGCCCACCAGGCCGUCCAAGGGCGCCUCCUCCGGAGGUACCUCCAAGGGCUCCAAGGGCUCUAAGCCUUCAAACAUGUCCUCAUCCUCCCGCGUGAGCAAGCCCGGCGGCAAGCCCAGCGGCAAGAAGAAUGUCAAGCGCCCCCCGCCACAAGAAGUCAAGUCCAAGGCGCGCACCGCCCCAGAGAAUUUGGCAAGGAAGAAGAAGAGAGUCUACACCGAGGCAGAGCUUGAUCUUCCCAAGCUGAAUCAGAUCACACCCGUUGGAGUUGUUAAGCCAAAGGGAAAGAAGAAGGGCAAGGUUUUCGUUGAUGACCAGGAGGGUAUGAUGACGAUUCUCGCCAUGGUCAACGCCGAAAAGGAGGGACAGAUUGAGUCCAAGAUGAUGAAGGCGCGCCAGCUCGAGGAGAUCCGCGAGGCCAAAAAGGCCGAGGCCGAGGCGCGCAUGAAAGAGAAGAAAUCCAAGUUGGACGCUGUGAAGGAUUCGAUUCGCAACAAGAAGAAGAACAAGGGUGGGAAGGAAUGGGCUGCAGAGAGCUCUUCGCCUUCCUCCAAAUCGGCCAACGGGUCGAAGUCUGCCAAGGGCAAGCGCAAGAGCGUCUCAUUUGCUUGA